AUGAGCAUCACGAGCGACGAGGUCAACUUUCUGGUCUACCGCUAUCUCCUGGAAUCAGGUUUCCAGCACUCUGCCUUCACCUUUGGUCUGGAGGCCCACGUCCACCAGUCCAGUAUCAAUGGCUCUGCCAUUCCUCCGGGGGCCCUCAUCGCUGUACUGCAGAAAGGACUCCAGUACGUCGAGGCUGAAGUCAGCAUUGCUGAGGACGGUACUGAUCUCAGUGACAAGGACCUGCCACCUCUAUCUCUGGUUGAUGCCGUCACAACCCACCACAAUCUGAGUCACCGAGGUGGGGGCGGGGGGAAGAAAGGCAGUGUAGCAGCUACAACUACUGAAGACAGUGGGACCAAGAAAGUGAAGGAAGAGCCGAUGGAGGUUGACGGGGGGAAGGGGGCGGGGUCUCUUGAUCUUCCGACCAAUCAGGUUACAGUUCUCACGGGGCACAAAUCUGAGGUGUUUACAUGUGCCUGGAGUCCCAGUGCAGACAUUAUCGUCUCUGGGUCUGGAGACUCAACGGCGCGUCUGUGGAGACUGGGAGAAGGGGGCGUGUCUGGCCACACCUCCUCAGUUGUUCUUCCCCACGAGCCGGUGGACUCUUCGUCGCAGCAAGAGAUCAACAGAGAUGUCACCACUGUCCAUUGGAACAAUGACGGGUCCCUCCUGGCAACAGGGGCCUACGACGGUCUGGCUAGAAUAUGGACCAGUGAGGGUGACCUCCGCUCUACCUUAGUCCAACACUCGGGACCCAUCUUUGCUCUCAAGUGGAACCCCAAAGGCUCCUGCAUUGUCACUGGCGGUGUGGACAAGACGGCUGUGGUGUGGGAUGUGCACAGCGGAGAAGUCAAACAACAGUUUUGUCUCCACAAAGCUCCUACUCUGGAUGUGGACUGGCAGAACAACACGUGUUUCGCAUCCUGUUCUUCCGACAAACUCAUCCACGUCUGUAAACUAGGCACAGAGAGGCCCCAACGAACCUUCCAGGGUCACAAGAGUGGGGUUAACACGGUAAAGUGGGACCCUUCGGCGACCCUGUUAGCAUCUUGUUCGGACGAUCACACGGCUAAGAUAUGGAGCAUGAAGAGUGAGACUUGUCUUCAUGACCUCCGAGAGCACAGCGGCGACAUCUACACCCUCCAGUGGAGUCCUACCGGUCCGGGCUCUGGGAACCCCUCCGCCAACCCCAUGCUCGCCACCGCGUCAUUUGACUCAACGGUGCGUCUGUGGGAGGUGGAGAAGGGGGCGUGUCUGCACACCCUACACAAACACAGGGAUCCAGUCUACUCCAUCGCCUUCUCUCCUGACGGGAAACUCAUUGCCAGUGCUUCUGUCGAUAUGUGGCUCUACGUCUGGUCCACUCAGGACGGUGGUCUAGUGAGGCAGUACAAGGGAGCUAGUGGUGUGUUUGAAGUCUGUUGGAGCAAGGCCGGAGAUAAACUAGCUGCCUGCUACUCCAACAACACAGUGUGUGUGUUGGAUCUAAGAUCAAGUCCUUCAAACUGAAUUAUCGUAUGUUACUGAUAGCCGUUCUCUCUUUAUCCAUCUUUGUCUCUUAGCAUGCGCCCCUCCCUUCCCACCCACUCUCUGUUGUCAUCAUGUCUGUACAUAAUACUCCUUCGCAUGUAAUGGAAAACGAAAACUGACUGCAGAUGUUUUAACACACGACAUAAUAUUAUAAUUCGAACAUACGCUUUCAACUAAUGACUCCUAUAAUGGUUUACACACGGUUUCCAUGGGGAUGCGAGUAAAGUGUGUUAACCCCUUUUAGACUGUGUUUGCCACUCGAGUUAACCCCUCGGUCACCAGCAGGUCCACCUGGCACUGCGUCGCCUAGCAACGUGUUAAACAGCUGCAACUCCAAGGGGGUGUGGCUUACAGGGGGACCCCUCUCUAAUGAGCUGUACUGGUAGCUCCGCGGUAGAACGUUGACCUCACUUCUUGGGGGCGGAGUUUUGGAUUUAACCCUUCUGACCACAUGUCUUGGAUUAUUAAGAGGAGUGUCGUUCAAUUGCUCGGUGAUGGAAUGAUAAACAUCAGGAGGAAGAGAAGACAGCUUUGCUUGAGCGAGCUCU